AUGAAUUCGAAUCGACAUGUACUGCGUCCAACACAUAAUCGAUUGCCCCUUAAAGAUGUAUCAUCCGAUAAAGCAUUAAUUACAAAUAAACCGAAAUUAGGUUCAAAUUCAUUAUAUCAACAACAAGAAAAUCUUAUAUCAAUUAAUUCCCGACCAAUUCUUACUGCAACACGUUCAAUAAAAAAACAUUUCAAAGACAAUCAUGAUGAAAAUCAAAUGCUUAUUUCACCAAUGGUUGCAACUAUUAAUAAAGCAAAUAUUGUUAUUAUACAAAAACAAACAGUUUCUCAAGAAAAUAAAACUCGUGAACAACUCGAAGAAGAAUUAUACGAGUUACCCGAUUAUCGUCAAUCAAUAUUUGAACAUUUAAAAGCAGUAGAACCUAUUUAUGCACCUAAGUUAAACUUUAUGGAACAUCAAUCGGACAUAAAUUCUGCAAUGCGUUCAAUUCUCAUUGAUUGGCUUAUUGAAGUAGCUGACGAAUAUAAACUAAAUGAUGAAACACUUUUCCUUUGUGUACAAUAUGUUGAUCGGUUUUUAUCAACAGUUAAUGUUACACGAUCAAAACUUCAAUUACUUGGUACAACUUGCAUGUAUGUAGCAUCAAAAUAUGAAGAAAUGUAUCCACCGGCAUUGGAUGAAUUUUCAUUCAUUACGGAUAAUACAUACGAAACAAAACAUAUACUUCGUAUGGAACAAAUUAUUAUGAAAAUGCUUAAUUUUUCGUUAUCGGGACCGACUUGUUAUACAUUCCUGCAAUACUAUUUAACAUAUCUUAAACCACAACUUUCAACAAAUGAUAAUGAUAAUGAAUAUAAAUGUUUAACUAUGUUAGCAAAUUAUCUAUGUACAUUAUCACUUUUACAAGAUCGUCCAUUUUCAUCUUACCGUUCAUCGAUGAUAGCAGCUGCUUGUUUAUCAUAUGCUUAUCGUCUUUUAAAUCAAGAUGCAAUUUGGACAAAUUAUCAUAUACAAAUAACAUCAUAUACACAACGUGAUUUAAUUGAAUGUAUAGCAGCUAUUGAUGAAUUAUAUAAAAAGACAUAUCAUCAAGAUGAAACAACAUCAAGUAUAUUACGACGUUAUUUAAAGAAUAAAAAAGAAAAUGAAAUUUAUCAACGUCGUGUUAAAGAAAUAAUUCAUGAAUUAUCAUUAAAAAUAGAUGACAAUGAUGAUAUACUUGAUUUGACACUUGAUGAUAUUGAUGAAGAAAAUAUGAGUAUGGAACAUCAUCGAUAA